AUGGGGGCAGCUCUGGGCAAAAAGUGGAAUAAUAAGAUUCCUGUUCGAUUUCGGCUUUCGGCUCAGAGGAGGUCAAGGUGCGACUUUCUUCAGUCCUCCCAAAUCCGGGUUCAUCUGACACCAGCCGCCUCCACCGUGCCGCCUAAGUUCCACCCCAACGAGAUCAAAGUCGUGUACCUGAGGUGCACUGGUAGGGAAGUCAGUGGGACAUCUGCCCUGGCCCCCAAGAUCGGCCCCCUGGGUCUGUCUCCAAAAAACACUGGUGAUGACAUCACCAAGGCAACUGGUGAUUGGAAGGCUCUGAGGAUUACAGUGAAACUGACCGUUCAGAACAGACAGGCCCAGACUGAGGUGGUACCUUCUGCUUCUGCUCUGAUCAUCAAAGCCAUCAAGGAACCACCAAGAGACAGAAAGAAGCAGAAAAACAUUAAGCACAGUGGAAGCAUCACUUUUGAUGAGAUUGUCAGCAUUGCCCGACAGAUGCUGCAUCGGUCUUUAGCUAGAGAACUCUCUGGAACCAUUAAAAAGAUCCUGGGGACUGCCCAGUCUCUGGGCUGCAGUGUUGAUGACCAUCACCCUCAUGACAUCAUAGAUGAAAUCAACAGUGGUGUGGUGGAAUGCCCAGCUGGUUAA